AUGGACUCUGCGGUGUUGCCAUUGGCAGCGGGAGAAUACACGGUUAGCGUCACGAAAGGAGAUGCCCCCAAAAAGCCAAAUGUCGUUUUCGUGACAGAAAACUCCUCCACUGACAUUGGCUCCUACAUCUACGCUGUGCCUGGCAAGAAGGACGUGUUCACGGCAGUGUUGCAAGGAAGCGCUGACUCGAGAGUUCAGGAUGUGGCCACAAGAAUAGGCACGUUGCUUGUGAAGAAGAGCGGGUGUCCAAGCUACGUGUGUGUGAGUGGAGCGGUAAGCGAGAUGGACGAGAUGGAGUUGGUGAGGGAAGUGCUUACGAAGCUGCGUAGCAGCUGA